CAUUACUCUUGUGAGUUUCGUAGUGUUUUCUCUGUGUCUUGUUAAGUGAUCAUUAUUUUGGAAAUUCGUGUUGCGUUGUGGUUUAAAUUGUCAUGUUGAUACUAUAAACUCGUUUUAUACUAUUUCCUGAAGAUGACUGCAAAUUCUCCAGAAACCUCGGUUUCUAGCACCGAGAAAGCAGAUAUUCCACUGGAAACCAAAUCUGUUGGUUUACUCUCUUCGUCUUUCCCAUUCACUCAAAAACAAUUGAUUUUAGUGAACUCAUUCCCAUGGAUGGAUGAAUUUUUCAGACUUUGUUAUAAAGAUAUGACCAAUCCAACUGCAAGAGGCCUUGAGAAGUUAAUGAUCUUCUAUCAUCAAAACAUAAGUCAGUCAGUUAAAGAAGAUAUUUGUAAACCAAAUAGAUGUGCAAAACUUAGAUGUAAUAUGGGGGAUGUGUUAAUUUUUUUUCACAUGUCAUACUCUGAUAAUAAACCGCCCUUUGAGCACUCCUCAUAUCUGGCGAAAAUGUCUGAUCUUAUGGCCUUGUAUAUGGAUUUGGAAAUUAAGGCAUCUAGGUCUGGCAAUGAAAUUUUGCCAAGAAUAGCGAGUAGGAUAACAUCUUGUCUGAAUGUUUUUUUUGGCCGUUCUCAUGACUACAUCCUUGAUACUAUUUUGAAAACCAAAAUGAUUGCUAAGAGUUCAUGGGAGCUUUGUGAUCUGAUUUUUAGGAGAGUGCUGAGGGAAUGUCCAGGUUCUUCUGCUUAUGUGCUAACAUUCAUUAGAUAUAUUCUUGCUUUCAAACUGUGGAAAGUGAUAGUUGUCACUAAAAAAGACAAAAUAACUAUUCAGUCUGUGGCAGAGAUACACCUAAAACUGCCUCCACUUUUCAGGGAAAAAAUUUCUGUAUGUGCUCCAUUAAGAGAUAUAUUACCAAGAAUCCCCAAGGCUAGAACAGACAUUGUAACAUUCCUUUUAGAGGCCAAAUACAGUAUUAAGGAUAAAAUCAAGAUGUUCUUGAAAGCAGUUGAUGAUCCAAAGGUACAAUGUGCUCUAGAUCAUCAUCAUUUUUCACCUCUAAAUAAUUCCUCUAUUUCUGCUGAAAAGGAGGAUAAUGACAACAAUUUGUUAAUGAAUGAUUGGUCUAAUAUGAGUAUAGAAAGUGAUAUUGGUGAUAGUUUAUUGUUAAAUAAAAUUAUUUAUGGGUCCGAUAACAAAAAAUUGCAUAAGCUUAAAAACGGUCUUAAAUCUAUUAGUAAAAAUGAAAUCAAAAAGAAAUAUAAGAAAAUCGAAAUUCCUCUAGAAGACAUUGGGGAAGAUGACAAAGAAAGUAGUUUUGAAAUUGCUGAAGACAAUACUAUUAGUGUCAUUAAACCAGAAGAUGAAGAAAUAAUUAAAAAAGAUCAGAUCAACCCAGUUGAUAGUGUCUGUGAAGGCGACACAAUGGAAGUGGCAGCUGAAGUUGAACUUCCUUCAAGUCCUACUGAAUUUAUUGAUUUUCCAACCAUCAAACUCGAGCCACAGCCUUCUCAAGGGAAGGACAACAUGGUUUACCCAUGGGUUAUGCCCAAUAUGCAGUCUUACUAUAGACAUAAUAGCUAUGAUUAUGGAUUUGAUCCUAAAUCUGAAGAAUAUGUUGCCGAUAAAACUCCUGAGAAUUUGCAAACUGGUAUUUUCGAAUCGAUCAGCAAACAUGAAAUUGAUUCCAAUAAGGGGCAGAUUUAUUCCAGUGUUGGAAACUCUUUUCCACCCCAGGGGUUAGGUAUUAUACCUUCAGAAAAAGUAAUGAUGGACACAAAAUCAAUUGAUGCAUUAAGAGCUCGAGGGAUUUUAUAUGAGAAAUGUUUCCCUUCAGGGGAAAUAAAUAUUCCUAUUGAAGAACGUAAUGAUGAUGUUCAAUCUGAAGAAAUACCUUUAAGAGAGCAUAAUGAACAAUUACCUUUUGAGGAACAUAAUGAUGAGGAAAUGUCUGCAGAAGAACUUGAUGUAGUAAAUAUCAAUCCAAGAUGUUUUAGAGCUCAUAAUGAAGAGAGUCUUUUAGAAGAAUGUAUCGAAGAAAGAACUAAACUUAAUGAUGUGGACAAAACAUUAGAACUAAAUAGAGUAAUGCCUAUAGAAAAUAAUGAAAAGCCACCUGAAAAAGGGGGUUUAGUUCACGAUUUUACUUUAAGAAAUGAUAACAUAAUCUAUAGGUUCCAUUUGAAACUUACAUCAUAUAUACCAAAACUGAAUAAACGUUCUUGGAUUAAUCUUCUCUAUCCUUUGUUCUCUGAACAAGAGAUCAAGACACCUAGGUGUUCUUGUCCUCGAUGCACACAAAAUUUUUAUUUAUUAAUAAAAUAUUGGAAAAUUAUUCUCAACUCAAUAUCUCAACUUCCUGAUAAAGCUGAUGAAAAUGGAGUAUAUUCUGAUGAUUUCAAUAAAAAUAUCUUAAAAGAAAUGAUAGAUGCAUUAGAUGAAAGUGAUGGUUUUAAAUUCUUAGUUUGGGAAUCUGAAAUAGAUGAAGUGUACAAAAAAAUAGAAGAGAUCGUUAAAGAGGAAAAUGAACAUUCCAAUCUUCCUCUAAAAAAGCGGAAAGCCUUCUCAUUUAGUUCAUUUGUUAAAGAAGAAGAAUCAGAAAUGUCUUACCCUAAUAUACCUAUGAUGAGUAUUGUUGAGUUUAAAGAGAAGUUCCCACACAUCAAUAUCAAUGAUGUUAUUAAUGUCAAUGACAUUAUCAAUGUGAUUAACUUAAGCCAUCCUACAACUACAAAUGCUCCCCCACCCCCAAUAAAUUAUACGCCUGAUUACAUCUCCCAUCCUACUUUCCCUAACCCAGCUGAUAUUAGGUAUGAUAAUGUAAUGGUUCAAUCUAACAUUACUAAUGUCCCUUCAGAUCAGAAUCCAGUUCCUGGAGCAUUUACUACCACAUUUAUUCCUGAACUUCAAGAACAAAAUAGGCCCAAGUUCAAAACUCCUGCACAGCUGAAGGAGUUUCAGCACCUUAGUGCAGCUGAAGAUCUAAUUAACUUUUCACUAACAUCACGGGCAUACUGUAAUGAAAAUGAAGAACCUAGAAUGGAGAACGAAAGAGAGAAAAAAAAGACAAGGCAAAAAUCAAAAUCAUCCAGGAAAAGGAAACGAACAACGUAAAAUACUUGCCAUUAUAAUGGAAGAUGCUGUGAAAUAGUAGCUUUUCUACAAAUUUUACUAUACAUAUUUUGUAAUUAUUAUCUAAUAAUAAGUAUUAUUUACUUGUAUAUAGAAUGUAUAGACUUAAGCUUCAUAAGGAGAGUUUAUUGUCUACUGAGCUUUAUUUCUAUUUUUUUAAUUAUUAGGUUAACGAAAUUGGUAUAUUUCAUUAUUUAGUAUAUUUAAAAGCUGUGAUAUAUUUAUGUUUUAAAAGAUAUAUGAGAUACUUAAAUUGGUACAAAGGCAUUAUGGUUUCAUAUUUGUAUUAUUUGUUUUCAAUAAUUAAAAUAAUUUGUUUAGAUGUGCCUUUUAAGUUUCAAAUUUAAUCCUGUUAAAAUCAUUGCUCAAUUAAUCUAAACAGAAAACAAAAUGAAGAAAGAAAAAACGAAGUAAGAAGAAACAUGAAGCCUUAGUGUUCAAUAUUAUUGAUCCAUUCAUCGUUUGGAAAUAAUCUGAACAAGUUUUUCAUCUAAUAAAAUUGUUCAAUUCCCAAUAUUAUUUAUAUUGGAUGCCUGCUUAUUGAAUCGUUUUUUAAACAUCACUUGAUUAAAUUAUAUAAAUUAAUGACUUUAAAGAUUUAAUUUUACAUCACUAACAAUUGUGAAUAAUAUUAUUCUUAUUUAGUUAUUUGAAUAUUUAAGAUGACUUAUACACAUGUUUAUUUUAUCAUAAUAUUCAUGUGCUGUAAGAUUGAAGAAAUGUGUAACCUGGAAGAUGCCUGUGGUAACGAAGAAAAAAAAGAGAUACAAAGGAUGAUUGUAAUAUUUAUAUUCUUUGGUGCAAAAGCAUAAACUAUUGCUCUUUUCUUAAUACCAUUCAAGGAUGCUAUAGUCCUCCAGGAAACGCAUUUGCUUCUAAAUGAUGUGUAGGCUCACUGAUAUUCUUUAGCUGAUUUUUGAAGCACAUAAAAAUGUAGGAAAGGACAAAGAUGAUUGUUGGUGUAGAGGAAUAUGUCAGAGGGCGCUAUCUAUUCUAUUAUGAUAUAAUUACUUGAAACAUCACAGGAUUAUUUUUAGUUUUAUAUUAUUUAAUUGCUGCAAUGCCUCAUCUUUUUUUGGAAUGACUGCAUUUGUCCAUUCCUGUUUUUCGUGAUAUAUAUGUUCAAAGUAAGACCUAAACGAUAAAAUGAAAUGAGUUUUUCUCUGUAUUAACUUUAGUUGUUUUUACAUUUCUUAUUUUAUGUUUCAAGCUCUGAAGUAUGUUCCUGAUAUAUUUUAAUUCGAAGAGUGUAAAUAUUGUAAAUGUAUAUAGAUAUUCAUAAUUAAAUUUUAAAUAAUGUUUGUAUAUAAUGUGAGUACUUUGUCUCUAAAUAAAUGUAUACAUCAUUAAUAUAUAUAUUUUUUACACUUAUAUUCAGGGAUACUUUUGAUUUAUAAUUUAACUUUAUACAAGAUAUAUGAUAUAAUUUUGCCUGUUUUGUAAAUUAUUUAUAUUAACUAUGAAGAUUGUUUUCUAUUUUUC